CGGUGCGUGUUUGUGGUGUCGUUGUUCCUCGUUAGUGCGUUUGUUUUCACUCUUCUUGUCGCGAUAAUCCGUCUUUUCUCCGUCCCAGAUUCCGCGACCAAAUCCGCCGAGCGAUCUCGUCACCAAUUUCCGCCCAUCGAGACCGGAAGGAGAGAAAAUCGCGAUUCGCGUGUGUCCUAUCUGCUGUGCGUGUUUCGUAUUUCUCUCGUCUCUCUCUCUCACCCACUCUCUCCUCUUUCUCUCUCUCUCUCUACUUGUCUCGCCGCUACAAGUGCAGUCUGUCCGAAUUUUCUACCUCUUCUCCCCCCUCAGUGUGCAAAGUGUGAGUGUUUUUGCGUCCAUUGUGUCGCUACAGGUGUUUUAACGAAAAAUCUGGAUUUUUUCGACAAAUUUGGGUGUGUAUCGCAGCCGUCCAAGAAAUCUGAGUGUGCCAACAAGUCCAAGUGAUUCCAAGUGUGAGAAAAUAAAAGCAGCGGAGGCUGGAAAGUAGGGAUUUGUCCUCGUUAAUGUCGUCGUGCGUCGAACUCAAUCCCUAGUUCCGAGGUGCAAUGACUCGGCACGUGCCAUAGUUUUGUACGAGUCUAUAAAAGAGAGGGGGGUGAAAAAAGACGGAGAGAAGAAAAGGAAAAAGGGAAGAAUCCGGGCGCAAAGGGAGGAAGUGAGCAUAUCCGUGCCAAGAGUUCGAGCCGGGUCAAGUUCGAUGUUACCUGCACCUCGCAUCGUUUCAGCGCCGGCAUGCGAGCGAUAAUCACACCAGAGAUCAAAAUCAAACUCGCCUUUCUUCUGGGACCAACCUUUUGAUCCCUUCAUCCAGGAAACACGUAAAUUCGAUCCUGGCUAUUAAACAGAGAACCCUGGGAGUGUUACCAAAAACUCCAUGAUGUCCUUUCCUCCCUUAGUUUUAUUAAAAUCAGUCUAGGAUGCUGACAAUCAUAAAGAUGAGGUAGAGAUCGGCCAGCAGGGAAUCGAAGGAUGUCUGGAAGGGAUUUACGACUUUGGCAAUAAGUGAAAAAGGAGUCGAGGGUCCUAGAAAAAGGGACGAUGUCGAUACGUCUGAGCAAUGUCUACCUGGUGCAGGCGACGGACGCCGAUUCCAACGAGAAGUCGGGAAACAAUGAAAAUAAUCAGCACCAAUAUCACCAUCAGAAUCACCAGGGCAAGACUGUGACCAUAGUGGCCGGUCCGCAGCGGAGCAAUAGUCUGGAUUAUCUUAAUUUCGAAGAAAAGAGGCAAAUCAUAGCAUCGUCGUUAUCGCUGAGCGAUUUCCUCGCUAAUGGACCCGCCGCUGCUGCAGCUGCGGCCAAGGAAGUCGCCGCCAAUACUGUCAUUGGUGAGUCCAAUCUUGCUUCUCUAGACCUUCCGAAAAAACAAAAUGGAGCGGCUAUGCGAACAAAUAGUUUGGGCUCUGGAGCCAGAACACCACCGAUCGAAAGAAAAAGCAAAUUUUCCGCCCUCGGUAGAUUAUUCAAACCUUGGAAAUGGAAACGGAAAAAGAAAUCGGAUAAAUUCGAAGCUGCUUCUAGAUCUCUCGAGAGAAAAAUUUCCUUUCGGGCUAAAAGAGAGGAGUUGGUGCAAAAGGGAAUAUUGUUACCAGAGAGUCCGCAGUCCCCAAUUCCGGAAAAUGGUCCCGUGGGUGAAUCUGGAAAUACACAGAAACCACCUACGCCUCAGCAAACGUCUCAGCAACAGCUGCAUCAGCAAUUGCAUCAGCAAUUACAACAACAACAAUCGGGCAAUGUUGCUGGGAAUAAUGGGGGCAACACUGGUCAGCAGUCUCAACAACCAGGUUCAGGAACUCCAACCCCGACGACUGUCCACCCCCAUUCGGGACCGCCCAGCAAACAACCCUCGCCGCAUCCCUCACCUCUUUAUCCAGGAAUGCCGCAAUCAACGCACAACAGUGGCAACGCACAAGAGUCGAAGAAGGAAAAGACUGAACAGAGUUCAAAUGGCGGGAUAUCGUCAAGUGGCGAUCAGUCAACGAAUCACGGCACCCCGACUCCAGGUUCGGGUCCUGGAUCGGGUGCUGCUACCCAAAUGGACCAGCAGAAGCCCAACAGACCCAACACUCUCGAUCCCAGGGCAAGACUGACCAAUCGGCGGAUCAUCAUGCUGGGUGGUGAGCAAGAGGGUUGGAAUAAUCCCAUUCCUCAGCGCCCCUUAUCCAAGCCCUACCUUGCUGAAGAAUCCACACGAGAUCCUUCAAAUUCGACAGUGGAAAGAGGAGGUCUUCAUCCGAGCGAAGAACAGCAGAUUAUCGAGAGAUGCUUUCCCUUGCCAUCACCAGGCAAUUUGAUGCUCUCGGACCUUCCGGAACCACCGAUUCCACUGAGCGAAAUUGGCCCUAUUCCUCCGCCUCCCAUGUUUAGUUCUCCAAGUCCCACAUCACUUUCCAGACAGCAGCAACAAAAUCUACCUCUUUCAGACUGCGAGGACGAUGACGAAGAUGCCGACGUUGAAGAUGAAGAUGACAGUAUGUACGGAUUCCGAACACAGCAUGAUCCUGUUUUCGACACAAAUAGAGUCGAGGAAAUUCCUGCCAAGGAGCCCAAAUUUCACGCUAUGCCCCUGAAAAGUGCUCUCAAGAAAAAAUCCGGUAGUGGACCUGGAACUCCCCAGAACACUCCAACUCAGGAAAAUAGGCCACUUACUCUUCGCCAGGAACUUCACGCCUCUUUCAACAGUCGACCUGUCAGAUUUGGAUUGGCGCUUCCCUGUACUCCAGAGAAUAAGGAAAAUGCGAGACCCUACGUUAUUCGAGAGGAUUCUGAUGAUGAUGAUGAUGAUUCUGGAGAUGGACAAGUUCUCUACCGAGAAGACUACGAUGACGAGACGAGUCGCCUGGCAGCGAAAAUUGCACGCAAGGAGUCACUCUCGCUGAAACUUGCCCUGAGGCCAGACCGCCAGGAACUCAUCAACAGGAACAUCCUUCAGAUCCAGUCUGACAAUGAGAGACAGGAAACGAAGGAAACGAUUGGUGCGAAGCUCAGCAGGCGACUGAGCAUGCGACCAACGCAAGAAGAACUGGAGGAAAGAAAUAUUUUGAAAAAGCAAAGUCCGGCGGAAGAGAAGAAACAGAAGGAAGAAAAGAAACGGUAUCUUUUGAGAAAGUUGAGCUUCCGACCGACGGUGGAUGAACUAAAAGAAAAGAAGAUCAUCAGGUUCAAUGACUAUAUUGAGGUGACGCAGGCACAAGAUUACGAUAGAAAAGCUGACAAACCAUGGACUCGUUUGACGCCAAAAGACAAAGCGGCCAUCAGGAAGGAAUUGAACGAGUUCAAGAGUUCCGAAAUGGCUGUUCACGAAGAAAGUCGACAUCUGACGAGGUUCCAUAGGCCAUGACAAUUGAAAUGUGUAGAGGUGCUAGAUUGUGGUGCGGUUAUCGGUGCUGGUGCAGUGCGUCGGCCUCGGUCUCGGUCUCGGGAUCUAGUGAAAAAAAGUCGCUACUUCUCAGAUCGCACGAUACGCGAUCAGAGAGUGAUGAUGAUCUUCUGACUAUGCUGCGACGCUUCGUCGACGCUGAACACGUCGACGCCGAGCGUCGGUGGCAGCUCGAUUGUGAUAGGGUGGUUUGCCUCGAGGAAAUCCUGGCUCACCACUCGGCGAUAUUUUUUAAGGGUCGUUCACACCCGCUCUCGGCCAAUUAUCCUUUUUCUCUUUCUCUUCCUCUCUCUCCCUCUCUCACUAAUCCCUCAAAAUCAAAUCAUCUUUCCAUAAAAAGCAAGAUAUUUGAAGAAAAA